UUAUGCCAAACGACGCGGGGGCGCUUCCUACGCCCCAAAAACCACACCCAGACGGGAUAAGCGCUCGGAAAAUGCGGGAAAAUUGCAAAAAACUAAACUCCAGCGAUAGUUUUUGAUAGUAUCGAUUAUUAGUUGAUUAGUAUCGAUUAUUCAUGGGUGGCUGCUUGCGCGAAUGUUGCAACUGUCAUUGUGGAAUCAUACGACAUCUGCUGGUGCAAACGGCGAGUUUUUAUGGACGCAAUCUUGAAGAUUUUUUUUAGAAAAUGAAUUUUGUUGUUAGUUUUCUCGGAAUAUUAUUGUAUCUCUCAUUCGUGACAAUUUACGUUUAUUGUUAUCAGACAGUGAAAAAUUGCUCGACAAAUAGCUUGGACAAUUGUCCCAUUAAUUCGCGAUGUUUACAGAAGUUUAUGAACUCCUUCCGCGGCAUCUGCGAGUGCUCGUACGCAGACAAUUACCACUUCAAUGCCAUGUACGAGAGUGAUGCCGACUACUGCGUUCAAUGGCACGGGGACGAGGCAGAGAUGGACGCGGUUCAGGUUCUCCUGCACCGCCCCCCGAGUACGCAUCACAUUGUCGGGGGCAUUUUAAUACCCAUCUUUGUGGUCCUCAUCAUCGUGGGGGUCGUCUACGGGACGGUGCGGUACCGUGUGGCCCAGCGGAUCCGUGAGGCUGUGAUGUCGCGCUUCUUUGUGCGACACAGGCCAUCGUAUCAGGAUGUUAUGAUGGGGACGGAUUUCGAUGAUCCGCCCCUCAUUUAAUCCACCCACCCCCAUCACCAUUUGCCCGGGGUGGCCUCCCUCUUACCUACUACUUUUUCUCAUCUCCUCUCGACUUCAUAAUGUCUAUUAGAAGGUAAAAAAAAGAUUAUUGCUGUGUGCCAUCGAUAAAGACGGUUUUGGUGGAGGCGCUCUUCCGGCACCACAAUCGAUCCCCCCCCUCCCUCUCUAUUUACUCUUUCUCUUUACAAUAGCGAUAAGAGAGAUCAACGUUAAAGCUAAAGCUAAAAAGAAAAAAAAUAAUAGGUAAAUCUUAAGUGUAUCCAAUUCAAAUCAAAUCAAACAUGCAAGAUAAAACAUCCCUCUCCCACACAUCCCCCCGCAGUAUCAUGUUAAUCCUCCUGCAAAUAAUUGUGUAAUGUAUUCAAUAUCAAGCUGCCCACAUAUCACACAAAAAACUACAGAGAUGUUGUAAUAAUUAAAGAAAAACGUAUGGGAACACCCACCCCCCUUAAGCAGCACACAUAUCCCCCAAUAUCAAUGGAAAUUCCAAAGUUGUAAAUUAAUCAUAUUCUCUCCUCCUUCCCCCCAGUGCGGUGGAUUUAUUUUACCAAGGAAAAAAAAAGCCUUUUGGGCUAUUUUUUCCUCUCUCAGUUAAAAAUUACGAGGCUUGUGUAAUCUGGAAGACAGUAUUCCUUAUCUUUUUGCAAAGAGAUAAAACACAACAAUAUCCUCGUUGGCGCCAAAGAUUUAUUACAUUUUCUUUUAUGAAAAAAAGCAAAUUCAUGCAUUUUACCCAGAACUUUGAGAGACAUUUCGGUCGGAACACACAAUCCUGUGAAUUUUAUGAAAAAAUAUUUUUUGUAUUUUAUUUCCUGACUGAUAUUUGUAAAUAUAUUCUGUGAUACCACAAAAAAA